AUGACAUCGCGCCAGGCCUACCUCGAAUCCCACUCGAGCAUCACCGCCUCCAUGGACGACUUCGAAGCGCGCGAAUUCUCCCCCACCCUCCCCCACCUACCCUCGCAACACUCCGGCUUCCGCAGCAACAACGCCUCCGAAUACAGCGAGCGCAGCGCCGGCAGCUCGCGCCGCUCCUACAGUCCGCCGGCCUGGCGCAAGGCUGGCAGCGGCUGGUUCAAGCACCAGCCGGACCUGUCGCCGCAUCGGAGUCCGGCGGGGUUUGGGGGGAGUAGGGAGACGAGUCCGUUGGAUCUGAGGGUGAAGGAGGAGGAGGGCGACGGCGAUGUUACUGCUUUUCGGAGGGCGAUGAGGGUUCCGUUGCCUGCUUCUCCCGUCAAGGGAAGGAGUCCGUCUAAUUCCCCUGAGCCUGAGGUGGGUGUCAAGGUGGAGGGUGGUGAUAAGGGCGGUGACAUCCGCUUCACUGGUUCGGUCGCAGUACAACAAAAGACCGACAAUAUCGAAGCUGUGAUCUGGUACAUACGAAGUGUGAUCCACCAUGCCUCCCAGUCGAGGAAAAACAUGCUGCUCUACACCGUCGCAUCGCUACUAUUCUAUUCCCUAUGCGCAAGACUUCUAUCAACGCCCCUGAGUGGCCCGGUACCGGACUUGAUCAAAGUCGCCGGCCUGGCACAGUCUUUCGAACCCGUCAUCUACUACUCAGAAGCCGGACACCAGCAGAUCGGAGAGCUCCAAGACACGGGCGUCGCAGUCUGGGAUCUGGGGGAGAGCGUGCGGAACACGAACAUGAGCUCUGCGCCCAUGAUUGUGCAGCAAUUGGAGGAUUUGUCAGGCAGCCUGACUACCCUGUCCACCGAGCUGACGAGAUUUUUCGCUGGUCUGGAUGCAGACGUGGACGCAAUCCUCCUUGUCAUGGAGUGGGCGGGGCGCGAACUCACCAAGAUUUCCCAGCCGGCAACGAGCACCCUCAGCACCGUCUGGUCGAAUACGCACACCCUUCUCACUCAAUUUGGCAUCGUCAAUGCCGACAGUCGACUUGUGAAAGAAUUGCUAGGCCAGACGAUCCAGCAACGUACCCGCAGCGCGCUCGAACGCACGUUUACCGAAUUCCUCAAUGUGAUGGAGGAAAGCAUCAACAACGAGCUGCAAUUCUCCAUGCAACUCUUCGGCCUCUUCGAAGCCAUCGACAAGCAGUUCCUCAACCUCCACCGCACCGUCAUCCGCGAGCAAGAUCAGCAAGAGCGCAUCGAAUCUGACUUCCUCUCCUCGCUAUGGACGCGCGUGGUAGGCGCGAACACUUCUCGUCUCAGAAAGUACGAGCGCAACAAGAGCCUACUCCAAACGGUGCGGGAUCGCACGGUACGCAACAAGCACGUCCUCGUCGACCACAACCAGCGCCUGCUGCAGAUGAAGUCUGCGCUCGAGAGGCUGCGGCAGCGACUUGUUAGUCCGCUGGUGCGCAGUACUAAUUCCAGCUCGCUGUCGGUUGAGGAGCAGAUUCGCGGGCUGGAGGGCACGUAUCAGCAGCUCAAGUCGGUGCGCGAGUCGCAGAAGUCGAAGAAGAUGGCCAUGUUGUUUGGGGCGAGGGACAGGAGGGAUGAGUUGCAGCAGCAACAGGGGCAGGGGAUGCGGAGGGAUGAUGGAAUUGGAGAGGCGUACGGUCUGGUGUGGUAG